AUCUCUGCUGCUGCUGCGUCUGCGUCUGCGCCUGCGUCUGCGCCCCUCGGCCUCUGCGGAUAGUUGGGUGUUGCUGUGGGAAGCCCCUUCCUCUCUGACUUCCGGCGUGUUUCCUCCUUGCAGGGCUUCUCCCCCUCGGUCCCCUCCAUGUGCCGGUGAGGAGCGGGUGCCAGGAUGUCCUCCUCCUCCGCGUCCUCGUCGUCCUCGUCCUGCUCCCCGGCAGAGGGCCAGAUCGCUGGGCUGUACGACCUGGAGGGCACGCUGGGCAAGGGCCACUUUGCGGUGGUGCGCCUGGCCCGGCACGUCUUCACGGGGGAGCGGGUGGCGGUGAAGGUGAUCGACAAGGGCAAGCUGCGGGGGGGCGGGGCGGUGGCGCAGCUGCUGCAGGAGGUGCGCUGCAUGAAGCUGGUGCAGCACCCCAACGUGGUGCGCCUGUACGAGGUCAUCGACACGCAGGCCAAGCUGUACCUCAUCCUGGAGCUGGGCAGCGGCGGGGACAUGUUCGACCACCUCCUGCGCCACGAGGGCGGCCUGGGCGAGGAGCGCGCCAAGCACUACUUCGCCCAGAUCGUCCACGCCAUCGCCUACUGCCACCGCCUCCACGUGGUGCACCGCGACCUCAAGCCCGAGAACGUGGUCUUCUUCCAGGAGCAGAGCGUGGUCAAGCUCACCGACUUCGGAUUCAGCAACUGCUUCCAGCCGGGCAGCAUGCUGGCCACGUCCUGCGGCUCCCUGGCCUACUCCGCCCCCGAGAUCCUGCUGGGCGACGAGUACGAGGCCCCCGCCGUCGAUAUCUGGAGCCUGGGGGUCAUCCUCUUCAUGCUAGUCUGUGGGCAGCCCCCCUUCCAAGAGGCCAACGACAGCGAGACCCUCACCAUGAUCCUGGACUGCCGCUAUGUCAUCCCCCCGAGCGUCUCCUCGUCCUGCGCAGACCUGAUCUCCCGCAUGCUGAGGCGGGACCCCCGGAGCAGGGCCUCCCUGGAGGAGAUUGAGGGCCACCCGUGGCUCCGGGGCGUGGACCCCUCCCCGGCCAGCCGCUCCCUCCUGCCCCUGACCUCCCACCGCAGGGUCUCCCAGGAGGAGCACGAGAUCAUCCUCCAGGCUAUGAUGUGCGGAAACAUCGCUGAAGACCGGGAGACCAUCCAGGAGGCCCUGGAGGCAGACCGCUACAACCACAUAACGGCCACCUACUUCCUCCUGGCUGAGAGGAUCCUGCGGGAGAAGCAAGAGAAGGAGAGCCGGACCUCCAACCCCCGUCUGGCGGAGGACGCCUUGACUCAGUCAGUGCAGAGCAGUGAGGCCGGCCCCCCCGGGAAGCCCCCCCAGCGCCGCUUCUCGGCGGCAACGGCAGCAACGGGAGAAGGCCCCCCCUGCAGCUUCCGGGAGCAGCCCAUCCGGGCCCUGAUCCGGCCCUCGCUGGUGGAGACCCCCGUCACCAAGAGCACGCUGGCGCUGCAGCAGAUCUCGGAGGAGGAGGAUGACGAGCAGGAGGGGGGCGAGGAGGAGGAGGGGGAGGGGGCCGGGCUGCUGCUCCUCCGGCGCCGGACCUCCUCCCUCAACCAGGAGCAGAUCAGCUGCUUCCAGAGCGCCAAGGCCGCCCUGCUCUUCGGGAGGAGCCCUGCCCCCCACGGCCGGCCGGCACCCGCCUUCCCACAGCCCCACGGCAGCGCUUGUGCAGACCCCCAGACACAGGCGAAAGAGGAGGAGGGGGAAGGAGCCGGGAGCAGCAGCAGCAAAGGGGGCCACACCACAGAAGGCCCCAAAAGCGACCCCGAAGCACCAGGAGGAUGCAGAAGUGGCAGAGAAGACAGUGACGGGGGGCAGCACCAGGGCAAGGGUCGGCCCUUGUCGGUCAAGGAGGGAAAGGCCUGCGAGGCGGAGGGGGGAGGCAAUCCCUCCCCGGCCCCCCAACCCCCGACCCCCCCUCAAGACGGAGGCGGGGCCCACGGGAGCAGCGAGGGGCCCUCCGCGGAGUCCGCCUCCUCCGCCAAAGGCAAGGGCGCCAACCUGAAGGAGCGGAUCCUGCAGUUCCCGCUCUGCGAGAAGGCCCUGGCCUUCCGGAUGCGCCCCUCCCCGAAGGAGAGCCUCCUGUCCUUGGGCCAGUUCAACUGCUGCCACGUCAUCUAGGGCAUGCAUUCCCCCCUCCCUGCAAGCGUGGGAGCGGUCAGAGGUCACGGCUUCGGACCCCGCUGUCCCUCGACUCCAGCCCCGUGCCGCCACUGCAGAGCGGGCUCGAUCCCGGACGAGCCCCCAAGAGAAGUGCAGGGCGGUGUCGUCCGUCUCCUCUCCUGCAUGCUGGGCCCCCUUCUCCUCUUUCUCGUCCUCCUUCUCUUCUUGGGGGGUCUUUGUGUGCGUGGCCCCCUCCCCAAAUAGGGGGGAAUAGGAGUGGGUCAGCCAAAAGAAGUGGGGGGGGGCGGUAAACUUUAGACCCCCUCCAGGUGUUUUAGACAGCAACUCCCAGAAUUGUGGAAGUUGCAGCCCAAAACAUCUGGAGGGAUGAAGUUUGCCCAGGUCUGUUCCAGCCCCACUGGAUGGGGACCCCCCCCCCCCAAUUAUAUGCUACGAUGCCAAGAAGGGAGUGCUUGCAGCCCACGGUUUCUCUCCUUCCUUCCUUCCUUCCUUCCUUCCUUCCUUCCUUCCUUCCUUCCUUCCUUCGGCCCCAAAGAGCAUGACUUCCCUUUGCAAAGCAUCCCGACUACUAACGAGGAGGACAGGUGUUUUUUUAAUAUAGCAGUGACACUAUUUUUAAAAGAAAUGCCAUAUAGUCUAUUUUAAUGUAAUGUAGAGAGAUAGAGCCCUGACCCCCCCCCUCCCCUCCGCCCUUGGGAAGCAAAUGCACUUUUGAGGAGUGAAGUAGCCAUGAUGGGUAAGCCCCCCCCCCAAUUCCCUCCCCCAAAUUGCCAGGAAAGCCUUUUCCCCCAAUGGGAGGAGUUGGCUAUUAUUUGGGAUGAGAUGAAUGGAGGAGAAGGAGAGAGAGAGAGAGCGAGAGAGAGAGAGAAUGGGAGGGAAUGAGAGAAAGGGAGUGAGAGGGAGGGAGGGGGGAGUCCCCAGGUGUGUUUCCCCCAGUGCCCCCC